AGUUACAGCCACUCGUCGCGCAAUCGUUUUGCUACUCAAUUGAUGCCGAACACAAAUUUAUUUUUUUUGGUUGCUUUAUUCUUUCGUGAUUUUGAUCAGUUAUUCAACCGUGGAACGUAGAAGAACUAACAAAAAGCACAAGCUGCAAGAACUCACGAUCUGCUUAUAGCUUUCGAGGAGCAAAAGUUUGCUUUUGUUAACCACCCUUCCGCCGCGUUUCUGCCUACUUUCUUACCUAUGUAUAAUUUAGCCCGUCAGUCGAGACUUCUGAGAAUUAAUCUUUAUAAUCCCCACACAGACACAUUGUAUCGAGACCAACCUGAUUACCGUAGAGAUGGCAUGGCUUUCUCGUCCCAAGGCGCCCACGCUUUUCGCCGGCUGGGUGAAAAUAUUUUGCCUGCUCGUCACCGAAGCCGAGUGCUCUUCCCCUUCUGCGGGUCCUCCGAAGCCCAUCGUUGCAAAGUUGGUCGACUCUGGGUUCACCGAGAAGCAGAUAGAAGCACUCGAGCGCAUGCAGCGAAACGCAAAGCCUCUACCGGCCGUUUGCUCGGACUUCCAUGGAAUCAUCUCUCUUCACGCCCAGCUGAUCGCCGUUGACAAGCGGCAGGAGAAAGCCGAUGAGACCCUUCGACUUCCUGAGAACGUCGCAGCAGCCAGAGACGAAGAAGAUGCUAGAGAAGAGCAAAAGUUUUAUUUAUCCUUUAAUACGAUUGACUUCGAGGUGCAGACGGAUGGCCAGAGCAACAUGCAGGAGUUUCUUCGCCUCUACUGCCUGUUCACCGGGCUCGGCUACGAUUUGUCCGGGUUUCUCCCGUCACACGUGGUGCCGCCACAAAUCGAACUAACGGAGGAAGCGAGACAAAUUCAGGAGUCCCUUUAUCAGGAUAAACUUUAUCGAAACUUUGCAGAGGAGAACAACCCGGGCAUUUUUUCCUGGCGACUCUAUAUGCAUAUGCUCUCGCUUUUCCGAGCCGACAUCCGGCCCCUGAUUACGGCCGGAGUGCUGGGGUAUAUCGCUGCGCUGGAGCAAGCGCGGGAGUCGGGUGGCUGGCAGCCGCCGCCUGGAGUAUCGGACGCAACGCCCUUGGCAUUCCAAAGAGCGUGGGCUGUAACAUUACAGUACGCGGUCAGGCCGUCCUAUAGAUAUUGGCACACCGAUGAGUUCGGGUUUGAUCGUCUUCGCUACUCGCUACCACUGUACGGCGCGCCUACGGUACUCAAGAGAGAUGGUCUGACGUCCUACGAAAACGGCACAACGCAAGUCGCUUUUUCGCCUAACCCACACGAGACACAUUCAUUUUUCGGCGGUGGGGUGCUCAACCUCAACGGAGCCACGGAAGCGAGCAAGGAGGCCACCCGCGUCCCUGCGGCACCCGCUUCCAGGCCUCCACGACUUACAUAUGAUUUCAUUGAGCAGAAAUUUCUGGGACCUGCACAGCUGACGGCAGUGCGAAAGGAGCAAGACGGCGCCGCGACGAGCACGGGUAAUGUCAAUGCCCGAGCGGAUAGCGCCCCGCCAAUCGCUGUGCGAUUGCCUCGCACGCGAGCAGCUCAUCGCCGGCGCCGCGCACGAUCCGCGCCGGCGCGCAGAGCAGCAAGAGGUAGCAGGGCCAACGCGGAAAAGAAAUUGUUGGGACUUUUGUUUCGAGCCGCUCCGGUACAAGACGAAGAGGAAUGGGAAAGAAAUGAAAGAGAGGUUCGUAAGCCUACGCGUAAUGCCUUCACGAUCACGCUUUCCAAGGCGUUCCGCUCGGACGAGAACUUCGAGGCACAACAGCGGACCCCUUUGCCUAGCACCGAAGUGCAAAUGAAGGAGACACGCGUGCUUGGAGGCGAUCCGCUCGGAAAAGAAACUACAGAUGAACUCCCACGGCCUUGCAAACACCGAAGUCCAAAUGAGGAAGAGAUGCGUGCCUUCACACCAAAAGGCGCUGCGGCCGUGAGCCGAUUACUUCUGAUCGUGGAUUCCGUGCGUAGGUAACUUGAAUCGGUAUUGUGCUGUACAGAUCGUACAACACAGUCGUACAGCACACCUGUCGAAUCGCUCACAAACGUACUACCACUGCUAGCAUGUCAAAAGACCCGAAAGACCGAUGCGACGGGCACCAUUCAGCUGCAUUGCCAUUGCAAAUGUUUCGUCAUCACUCAGAAGGGAGAAGCUGAAGUGAUAUUUUGAAUCGUAGGGGCGGUGCGUGAUUUGUCGGUCAGCUAUAUAUUUUUUGGAACACCUGGUAGAGAGCAAGAGAACAGCAUUUGUUUUACGAAUUUUAUUGGCAUGACACACUUACAUCUUGUACAAUACCAGGACCUUGAUUCUGAUCUAUUGGCGCUUAAAGGAUUCACGGGAGGCCAUACAUAGAACCCAAAAAGUGUACCCCUAGAAAAUCUAUUCAGUGCCACCCCUUAGCUGACAGCUGCAGCUCUCGCACAGAUCAAAGAUUUUCGCAAGAGAAGCAAGGCGAGUAAAAAGUGACUUUGAAUUGUUGUGCUAGUUUUACAUUUGUUUUGAAAAUCGGAAAAAAAGAAAGACGACCAGGCUCG